AUCUGAAAGCAGUGGCGGGAGCCGGUCCGCUUCCUCCCCGUUCCCCCGGGAGCUGCACCCCGCCUACCCGGUGACCUGGCUGGGAGAGGCUCCCAGGCGUCCGGACCCCACCGCGAAGGUGUGCGUUGCGUGGCCCGCGGGAGCAGGUGCGGCGCCUGAGCGUCCCGGGCGCCCACUUCGGCGGACGAUGCCCCUCGUCAACCAGCGGGUCCCCGACGAGAGUGGCUACAGCCUGGUGGCCAGCCUCGACAACGUGAGGAAUCUCUCCACCGUCCUGAAGGCCAUCCACUUCCGGGAUCACGCCACCUGUUUCGCUACUAAAAAUGGAAUCAAGGUGACGGUGGAAAAUGCAAAGUGUGUGCAAGCAAAUGCCUAUCCAGGGACUUUAACUGCACUCCGAAUGUGUUACCAAGGUUACGGUUGCCCCUUGAUGCUGUUUCUGGAAGAAGGAGGAGUGGUGACAGUCUGUAAGAUCAAUACCCAGGAGCCUGAGGAAACGCUGGAUUUUGAUUUCUGCAGCACCAAUGUGAUUAAUAAAAUUAUUCUGCAGUCAGAGGGGCUCCGUGAAGCGUUUUCCGAAUUGGAUAUGACGAGUGAGGUCCUGCAGAUCACCAUGUCUCCUGACAAGCCGUAUUUCAGGUUAUCUACCUUUGGGAAUGCAGGAAGCUCCCACCUUGACUAUCCCAAAGAUUCUGAUUUGAUGGAGUCCUUUAAUUGUAAUGAAACCCAAGUUAACAGAUACAAGAUUUCUUUACUGAAGCCCUCUACAAAGGCAUUGGUCCUGUCGUGCAAGGUGUCUAUUCGGACAGAUAACCGAGGAUUCCUCUCAUUACAGUAUAUGAUUAGGAAUGAAGAUGGACAGAUAUGUUUUGUGGAGUAUUACUGCUGCCCUGAUGAAGAAGUUCCUGAUUCAGAAUCUUAAGUAUGACAAUGCACUGUGACAUUUUAUGUCUAUAUUCAUGAUAGGUCUUGUUCUCAUUCUUAUGAUUUCGUACGGAAUCAUAAGAUUUCCCAAACGGAAGAGGCAUGGAGGAGACUGGAGCAAGAUCCCUGUGCCCUAAG